CAACCCGUGCUCAAAAGGACAUCAGCUUUUGUGGGAGCAAGGUGUAGUACCGCCACCCCGUGCACGGUGUGUGGCCGGAAUAGUGAAGGACGGUGCUUUACAAGUGACAUCGUUUUUUUUCGUUGUUGGUAAUUUUUGCGUUCGAUGUGCGAGGGUCAAUCGAAAAAAAAGAUUCGAUUUUUGGUUCCGAAAUAAGUCGCUGGUGAAGUCACGAGAACAUGUGUACGGCUGUUUAAUACUGUGAGUGUUAGUUUAGAACAAUGAAUGUUCUCAUAGUUUAUAGGAGUGUGUGACGGCUUUGCAAAGUGUGUUAAACGUGUGAUAAAUUAAAAAAAGUAAACAAACAGUUACAAAACAACGUAAUAUCCCACCUAAUAACAUUCCGCAUAGUUCGCUGAUCAGGUUUAAAAUCAGCUUAUCCAAAGUUUAUACUCGAAAGAAUCCUGCUGAAAGUUAAUGAAGUGCUUGUAUAACUGCCCGUAGGCAUUGAUCCUUUGUAUAUUAGCUGCUGAUCUUCAUCGUGCAAGUAAAAAGUGUAACUGCAAGGCAAGGCUUUAUCAAUUGUAUCUCACCAAAGUUUCCAAACAAAAGCUGCUAGUGCUGAAGUGCAGUGAUUUUGCGCUAUCAAUUCGCAAUUAGGAUUAUAUUGAGUACUUGUAAAGGAAUGCAACCAAUCCCAUUAACAAAUUUCAACUUUUGACAAAGUAAAGAUAGAUGGUAAGGCGCGGCUCGUUAGUAUUUGAAUGUUGUCAGGUGAUAUUUUGAUCCGUCAACCAUUGAGUGUGGCCUUGCUGCCGCCACCCUCAUUAAUAGAGUUUUGUAAAAUUAUGGCGGCGAUUGCAACGCUAGCCAAUCAGCAAAAUAUCGACGAUGAUGACAUUUUCCUAGAAAAUGGUCUUUUGAGCUACGAAAAUCCCAACUACCAUAUGGAUCCCCAGCGAUUGGAGCGCAACUCACAUCUGUACGAGGAGAUCAUUUCGGAAUUGCAACAGCAGGGAACUCUCCGGCCGAUCGCCGGCGUACAGCAUGGUUCGCAAAUGAUCGGCAACAAUCGCAAGGGCUACGGUGUGCUGGACCUCGGCACGAUGGGCGUUGAUUUGAAGAGUGAUCCAGACGCAAGUUCCCCGAAGGAAAAGAAAACGUUGCUUAGCGACACGUCGCCGAACGAGUCAAAAACGCAGAAAGACCAGGAACCGGAACAUGGAGAAAAAACGCAAGAAAUUAAACACAUCCCCGGGACGUUAAAUUCGGACGAUCUGUACGCGUUACCGAACAAGCGGAAACAGCUGGAGGUGGGCGAAGUCCCGUCGGAGGAGGACGAUGCAGACGAGGAGGAGGAACACGACAGGAACGCGCUGGAUAGUGAGGAGAAGGGCAAGCGGGAAGAUAUCGAAGCAAUUGAGGAUAAGGACAAAACGAAAGAUUUACCACCGGGAUGGGAGAAGCACGAAGAUAAUGGAGGUGCGUACUACUGGCAUAUCAAGUCCGGCACUAUCCAGCGUGAGCCGCCACUAUGGCCAAAGGAUGCGUGCAGCCGAGAGUUGAAAACGCCCAGCAUUCCCAUACCGCGCAGUAUACAGAAUUCCUCCUUCACUCAAGCCUUGAACAACCUGUACGGCAAUCCAAAGGAUGGUACCGGCGCAGGCGGCAACAGCAAAUCCGCCCUAUACGACAGUAUGACAUCGUCCGUCACCAGAAGCAGCACCAGCUCGGCGCUGGAUCAGGAAGACGAGCGGCGCCGUCGGGAGGAUGUAGCGUUGAAGCGGCGAAGCUUCCCGUUGAAGUCGGACACCGAUCGGCCGAUUCGAUUUGCCGUGCGUUCGCUUGGUUGGGUGGAGAUUGCGGAAGAAGAUCUCACUCCGGAACGAUCCUCGAAAGCCGUCAACAAAUGCAUCGUCGAUCUGUCUCUCGGGCGCAAUGAUAUGCUGGACGUGGUGGGCCGUUGGGGAGAUGGAAAAGAUCUGUUCAUGGACCUGGAUGAAGGCGCACUAAAGCUGAUAGAUCCGGAAAAUUUGACAAUAUUAAACUCACAGCCAAUUCACACGAUACGCGUAUGGGGUGUUGGACGUGAUAAUGGCCGUGAAAGGGACUUUGCGUAUGUGGCUCGAGAUCGUCUUACCAGAAUACACAUGUGUCACGUGUUUCGCUGUGAAACUGCUGCCAGAACCAUCGCAAAUACGCUGAGAGAUAUUUGUAAACGAAUAAUGAUCGAACGUUCCCUCCAACUCGACGCAAAUGGAUCCAACAUGAACAGCACUCGGUGCGCCAUACGUCCCACUGAUCUACCGACUGAGAACCGACGCUGGAUACGGCAUCCGCAAUCCUUCCCUACCCCAAUGGAAGAACCGAAGAAAGUAUUACGGGCACAAUACGUGGGAAGCGCAGAAGUCAACCAACCGACUGGUAUGGAGGUGUUGAACGAUGCCAUCGAUAAGCUGACGUCCUGCACGCCACCCGAAAACUGGGACGUGGUGAACGUUGCGGUCGCACCCAGCAUGAUCAGCGUCAACUCGUCGGACACGGACGGACGCCUGUUGUGUGAGUGCCGUGUGCGGUACUUGAGUUUCCUGGGUAUUGGCAAGAACGUCCAGCAGUGCGCCUUCAUCAUGCACACAGCGCAGGACAAAUUUGUGGCCCACGUGUUCUACUGUGAGCCAACCAGUGGACCAUUGUGCAAAACGAUAGAAGCUGCUUGCAAGCUGCGGUACCAAAAAUGCUUGGAUGCUCAUCCAGAAGGUAGUGGCCGCUACUCGGCCGACUCGCAAACACCCGGGAAGGGAAUUGGUGCGACUUUAAAAAACUUGAUGAGCUCGUUCUCGCUUAAAAAGGAUAAGGUCAGCUCCUGAGAACGAGCCAGAUCUCUGCAGGAAAUCUGGCCACUUCCUCCAGAGAGGGAAGUUAUUCCGCAUCGGCAUCUACAGUCGCCAUUGAUCAGCAAGAAAAUAUUUGAGCAUCCCAACAGUCCGUAGCAUUCGAUGCUGCCAGUAGCCUGGCAAAAGAUAAACCUAGCUAAAUACAACAGCAACCAACAUCGGAAGACUACUACUUCUACUACUACUACUACUACUACCACUACUUACGGCAAGGGUUCGCAAGGUGUGACGCUAGACGACAGCCAACCGAUACCGGCAAACAUAAGCCGGUAUGAUGCCAACCAAGCUGCUACCGAUCUGGGCGAGGACGGUAGCGUGAAGCCGCUUGAUGCCGUCAUGGAAGAAUCCUUAGGCAACUGUUCGGACGGUCAAUAGAACUACAACUACUACUUUAACUACACAAUGCAAAGCAAAAGCAACAGCCAGCACAUAGGAGACGCAAUGAUAAAAAAAACCAUUAACCAUUCUAAUAUCCAACCAUGCGUUCGCUUCGAUGCGUGCUUGCAAGUAACGUUCGAUAUUGCUACCGUUUAGCCCUCGGCGCGCACUGUAUUGAUGGGAGUUUGGGGAAGCGUUUGGGAGACACACACACACACCUUAGUGCUCCUGUAGCGUAGAUCGCCCUGUUUGUCGAUCAUAUGAAUCGAUAGAAAUUAAGCAUAAUUGGACACGAUGUUUUUCCCUCCCAAAGGAAAGGGUGUGUUUGUGUGAGUGUAUUAUCAUCUAGAUCUCUUGUGCGUGCGAUAAUGUAGGCUGCUGUGCGGUCGUGCACGUCGUAAACAAGCGCGUAUUUUUAUGAUUUGUUCACACUUUGAGUGGCUCACGAUAGAUCAUCGAUGUUGGAGUGUGGACGUGUGGUUUGUAAUCUUAUUAAUCGUGUAACUCGAGCUGAUGAACUAUAAGGAGAGAUGAGAAAUGUGUUUAGGGUAAAAGGCCGAUAGAAGGUAGAUUUGCAUCGUCUGGCUUCACAAGUGGCUGCAAGCUUGCACACAUGCACACACGCGCGAUGCUUAUUGGUCAGCAGCUAAUGAACAGCGUUAGUAGCGUAAGAAGGCAUACGUUUUGACGAUGGUGUAGGUUUUGUUUUACUUUGAAAUCCCCAUAUCAAGUAUAACUCCGUUCGGUAUGUUACAUAUUUCCAUUUCAUCUUAGUUGAUUAAGCCUCAUUUUCAGGAUUUUUGUUUUUAAAUCAAACUCGCAACUAGUACGCUUAAAAUUGGCCCUGUUAACGCUUAUUCCUUUUUUCAUUUCAAUUUCAUUCCAAACUCAAUCACCUCUUGUACCUCAGUUAAAUUUUUCAUUCUUAAUUUUCCCAUCUUUCUUAGUUUUGGCGAGAAAAAAAGACACUCAUUAGAAUCAAGCAUACUCCACAUUAGGGAAUUAAAACUGCCGUUCAAUUUAAAGCUGUUUCCAUCGGUCGGUGUAUAUAUAUACAUUUGUACUACACGCUAUAUUUUUGUAAAGGAUCAGUAGCAAACGGGGAAAGGAAAGUGUGCCCGGGAUGAGGGAAAGAGGAUAUUAUUUAACAUUUCAAUGAAGAAAAAAAAACCCUGAAACCCAGAAGUAGGACAAAAAUGAUAACCGAAUAUAGAAUAUUGCUGCAGUUGUCUGUGUGCUCCAUGUUGAGUCCGUUUCUACAGCAAAAAAAAAACAAAACAUGACGAAGAAGAAACGCUUGUGUAACGCCUUUUGCCUUGCGUGUACGUAAAUCGAUGAUCCGUUGAUUUUGUCCCUAGAAGAAACGUGAUACGCUAAACCGCCUCUUUGGUAACGAUAGAAGUGUAGCGGUGCUUACACGACGACGAUGCACGGAUAAGGAAGUUGACGAAAGAUAGGUGACGAUACUACGAUAGAUAUAUGAAAAUUAUUUUUGCUAUGCUACCAGAUUGAUUACGUUCGCUUUAGGAACUAUUCUAAUUAAAGAAAUGAGGAGGAAAAAUUGCGAUAGCAUUUUGCAGCGCUAAGCAAAAUCACAGGUAAACGGAAGGAACAUGGCAAAGAAAUUUAUUGUAUGCGAAAAAAAAAAACGGGAAGGAAAAGCAUGGAAAUCUGUUAAGGUGGAACGAACCCAAACACAACCAAAGGCUCGCGAAGUAGAUAUAGGGAAAAAAUGUUAUUUAUAACAAGAAGCGUAAAAUCCUACCCAGCAUUGGUUUGUUUAUGCCAGUCCAUUGUCCUCAUCUCCCUUUGUCUUUGCUAAACACAUUCGUCCUUUAAAUAACGUCCUCAACGGGGGACUUUGGUUGGCUCCUCCAGUACAAACCCUACCCACAGUAUGGUGCUUCAAUAGAACAGACGAAUUUAUUUCAUUCUCUCCAUAUCUUCAUAUACAUUUCAAUGACCCAGCUGCGAUUUACAGUGUUUGUCAGAUAAUAAUGUAAAAACAUCGGUCUUUUUUGUAGGCUCCUUAGAUGAAAUUGUUGACAUGGGAACGGCUGCAGGUGACAGGCGAAUCAAUUACCGGUUAAUGUGAAGUUAUGAGAUGAUAUUGCAAUCGAUGCCGACCUGUCAGCGCUUGGGUAAGUGAAGUGAAGGUUACAGUGAUUCGCCAGCCUUUUGAAGCUGUUCCCAUGGCAACUAGCUUUGCUAACCAUUUCAUCUAAGGAGCCUAAAAAAAGAUCGAUGCGUUUUCAUUAUCAACUGAAAACAUUUGUGAAUUGGCAGAAGAGAUCACACGAUUAUGGUUUAAUUUAUUUAGAAAAUUUCAACCUGUCCUUCGACAUGUUAGCAUUAGGAAAAGAUUUUUGUUCACAGCUCCUUCCAAUUGUACCACAUUGCAUGGACCAAUUGCUCUAAUAAUAUUCGAUAUACAGAGGAAAACGCCCCGUAAACUGUACACCGGAAACAUGAAUCAGGAAUUUAAAGCUGAAGCAGUAAAAAGGCACACGGUUUGUCAGCUAGAGAAAGAAACAAAACUAAACAAACAAACAAACAAACCAUAACCGAAAGAGAAGCUUUUCUUAGAUAUAUUUCUUGCUAUAUUUUUGUUGAAGCUUACAAGUAGCGAACCAAAAAAAACUGGAUUCGGUGCAGGUACAAAGCAACCGAUACCAAAAAUCAUCUAACAACAAGCUGAAUAUGCUACCAAAGAGAUAUAACAAAAAACGAAUGUUACAAACAUGACGCAUAAGCACAUAAUCGAUACCUAUAGGGUUAAAACCGGCUUGAUGAAGCUUUGCAAGAAACAAUCGUGUAUUACACACACACACAUAAUACAACAAACACACAAAACGAAUGUGCGGAGGGAGUAUAAACCAAAACCAAACCAAACCAACAAGAACAACAGAGAGAUGCUAAAUAUCGUGUAACGUUUUGCAGAUUUGAACUUUUUGUACGACUAGUUGUAUCGAGUUUGUAGAAGCGAGACGAAUGGUUUAGUUGAAAGCGUGUUAGCCGACAGAGUAUCUUAAUCCACCGUUUUUUUGUCAAACAGGGAACCAAAUUUCCGUUUUGCCGUCGUAUGAUUUGAACAAUAAAUGGCUUGAAACAACUAAAUUCAACAGUAUACUACCACCGUACAAGCUUAUUUACCCGUUGGCUUUACAUUUGAGUUUGAGUAAGAGUUCACUCUAGAGAAAGUAAUUUUUGCAGGAUGAACGAUACUUGUUUACCUAUUUUGUGUUUCUUUUAACACUAGAAAAUGGCUUUAUUGCUGUCGGACAUAAUACCUUCCCUACUGCAAACCGCUGCCUAUCGUAUGUAUGCAUUAAAAUAGGCAAACGGUAAAAUGCAACUAAUAGUGCAGCGAGACGGACCUUCCUCACAAUGCAAACCUGAACAAAUAGAUCAGAGAAUAAGUUCCAGCAGGAAGAUGUAAACGAGCGGAGAAGCGACUGUUCCUACCUUAAUAAGCGAAUAUGAAGCACCUCUGAGCAUAAGACAGUAGACGAUACGAACCAUCCCAAAUUGGUAAAUCAACAACCGAUCGCGUCAAUUUCUCUUAUUUCUAGCUCCGCGAACGAAGUUGCAAAUUGAAUCAGCUUUAGCCUCAACGCCACCAAAACACCCGAUGAUAAAGCGUCUUUAAACAGAAUCACAAACAAACACUAUUCAAUUGUGCUCGCAAAAACAGGAUACUUACUGGCUUCAAGUUGCAGCCAAAACGCUUUACAUUCGUACGAAGAAAAAAGGAUGAACACACACAAACAUGAAGUAUGCUACCAGAAGAGCAGGGCUAGGCUAGUGAAAGCAGGGCUAGGCUAGCUCGGGCUAUGCUAGUGGAAGCGCAUGGAAGCGUUGUAAUGAAAUAAUAUUCAUAUAAACCUAUAAAACCAACACACAACGUCACUUAAAGAAAGCGAACAGAACAAAAUAUAACAAUAUCAACCAAAACAAGGCAACAGCUAAACAAAUCCUACAAAAAAUCAAGCCGGAAAAACUUAUGCACCAAACAAUGGGAGAACACUAGCAACACGUGACGAAAAGCGGAGAAUCAGAUUAAAUUAUUAAACACACCAAAACAUUAACUUUUAGUAGGGAUAUGAACAACACACCGUCCUUCUAUGCACGUGUGUUUGCCGAAACAGAAAACAGAUUCGUUUAAUCCGUGCCCUUGUACACUUGAAACGAGGGUAAAAACAAUCAAUUCAAUUUUGUUAAGGUGGCUGUAAGUAGUGUGCACUCGUUUCACUGUAUGAUUAAGCAAUGGAGCGUAAAACUGGACGCACGUCUUAUGGUCUUGAACUUGACCACGCGGCGUUGUUGCCGCUCCGCGCGGUUGGUUGGUACGAAUAAAACGUAACGAAUGGGCAUCAACCGAACCGAAAGCUUUUCCAACAUAACAUAACAUAUUUUGCAUACAGCUACACAGCUUGUGGUGGGUAAUAUUGUAAGCGACGGCACAAGAAAGCAUGCAAUCUGCUAGUAGCUAAGCUGAGCGACAUUUCAUUGGACAGAUAGAGCAAACAGUAGCGGAAGGGGGAGGAACAUGCAAAAUUUCGCUGAGAAUUGAAUAAAUAAAAAAAAAGUUAGAGAUGGAGAUGCAUGCAAGUGAAAAGCUCUGGAAGGCGAAAGGCUUCGAACCGGACGAACAGAACAGAACAAUGACUGCAUCGCUUUUGAUUAUAAUGUAAAGUUGUAUAAACAAAAAAAGGAAACAAAUAUACACACGUAUAAAUAUAUAUAU